AUGGCACCUCCCCGAGCAUCGAUUGGAAGGUGGAACCCGAACGCUUGGACUACAUCUACCUGCUCCCCAUCUUCUUCGAUGGACUUUGCGAGAAGGAAAGUCCGUACAGUUUCUUGGCCUACAGGGGCAUUCAGGACAACCCUUGUGGCAUCGUGGCAUUGCAAUGACUUGUUGGGAGCCACCUGGAUCCACCUUAGGUAG